AUUCACCCCAAACAAUUACCCAUGCCGUGCUGUUCAUCUCCCCCACGCAGCUAAAGUCGUCUAUCUACCCCCACUAGAGCAGAAUCGCAACCCUCCAAAGUGGGAAUCACUCACGUUGACAGUCAUACAGUCCAAAUUUGAUCAAAAUCAAAUCAAUUACUGGCUGGUCAUAUGAUCUAUAAACUUGCUAUCAAAUUUGACAAGUUUAUUUAUUUUGAGUGUUUGCAGAGAUAAUCUGACCUCUUUUGAUUCUUCGAGUUUUAGCGUGGAAGGAAAAGUUUGCCAAGAUGACGACUGGAAUGGCAAUACCGCGAGUGAAACUUCAAAAUACCAACCCUCUAACCCUAGACGAAAGAUUGGCAUAUGGCGACAUUCCACGUUGGAUCGCAGAGGGUGUAGAGAUCAGGUCCGUCAAUAUUCCACAGGCAAACUACGCAAAACAACUGAGAACGUUACCACCGCUUCAUUCUGGGCACGGUUCUGGUAUCAUCAAGUAUGGGGCUGCACCCCGUCAGGAAUCCUACGUCAAACCGGUACCUCUUAGGACCCCAUGGAAGGGAGAAGUAGGAGAAGGGUUAACCACCUAUGUAUCCCGGAGUCAGAACCCAGCAGGAGACGGUAACUCUCCAUACAUCACCUACGCAUCGUAUCAGAUGAGCCCACAGAACAGACGGUCAUGGAGGGAGAACUACUACAACCAGCACGCUAAACAAGGCUUCAAAUUCUGGUUGGAAGAAAAGAAACCCGUCUCAAGAUCCCAGAAGUACACCUUUGGGACAUACAAAACCCAUCUUGGACUCGGAAAUGGACCAAGGAAUUGAGAGCACAAUAUUUCAGCAGUCUCUUUUCAAAAUGUAUUACACCCCUUGUCCUUGUGAGCAGACGACGCUAUGAGAGUUUUAUGGCUUGGGGGGAGGGGAGCCAAAAGAUUUGAUUUUAGACUCUCAAUACGUGUGCUGUGGAAAUAAGUGUACUAGCUAUCAUUAUUUCUAUCCAAGGAUGCAGCACACUGGAAUACACGUACUAACAUGCUCAUUUAAGUAUUUCUAAGAAUAUCGCUAUGAAAUUAUUGAUUAAAGGUAAAGACCAGUAUUGGAAACGCCCCAAUUUCAAAAAA